GCACGCACUGGCAUGCACUGGGCUGCUUGACAAUGGUGCUCUGUCCCCCUCCCUUGGGCUGUGUCCCCAAUAAGUGGUGAAAAAGUUGAAUGAAUGAUUGAACAGCUCUGAAUGCCUGCAACCAUCAAGGACGACUGGAAUUGGCCAGGAAAGUUGUUUUUUAAUGAAAAUUGAAAAAAAGAAACAUUAUAGAAAAAGAUGAAUAUUAAAGGAAAGGAACAUCAACAUGCCAGAAGUGUCACUGCCAAGGCAAUACUUGGAUCCCACAGCAACAGUCUCACCUCAGCUCUCCCUGACCUUGUUGUUGGCAGGGUGUGCUGGCCUGUGCCUCCCUCCCCCCCUGCUGCCUCCAUGCUGAGAAAGGACCGAGAGAGAAGCAGACGGCCCGUGAAGUGAUACAAGGCGACAGAUGUGGCAACAAGAGGAAGGUUGUUGCUGCUGCACACUGUCGGAGGCAGGGUGUGCUGGCCUGUGCCUCCCUCCCCCCUGCUGCCACCAUGCUGACAGACAGAAGCAGACGGCCCAUGAAGUGAUACAAGGCGACAGAGGUGGCAACAAGAGGAAGGUUGUCGCUGCUGCACACUGUCGGAGGCAGGGUGUGCUGGCCUGUGCCUCCCUCGCCCCCUGUUCCCGCCGGGACUGACUUGGAGUGGCCGUGGCAGUACAGUUUCCUGACGUUCUUCACAAAGGGUUCUUCAGGCGCGAGAGGCUGGAGGAGAUGAAGGCACACCGGGCGAUGCUGCAGCGUGCCCCCACCGGCGUCAGUAACCCAGCAGCCAUCGGGGAGCAGAGCCACAGCCGCCAGCCGCCAGCCGCCGGUGUACGUACUGUCUGUGUUGGGCUGGCCGGGUUAUCGUAGACAGAGCGCCACGCCAAAGAUUCCCAAGUGUUGUUGUGACGUGUAAGUCUGUAUGGAGUUGGUGCAGUGUAGAUGUGAUGGAUGUGGUGGGAAAAUGGGGGAUACCUGGGAAAAAUGAAAAUGGAGACUGCCUUGUGGAUGUCUGUGCUGAGAGGGGAAUGUUCCUAGCGAACACCUUCUUUCAGCACAAGAAUAUCCACCGAUACACAUGGAGGAGGGGAGAAGAAAACGAGCAAAAAGGAUUGAUUGAUUAUGUGGCAGUAGAUGAAAGGCUUAGAAAAGAAAUUUGUGACGCGAAGGUAGUAAUAGGAAUGUUCGAUGGAUCUGACCAUCUUGCAGUGCUGGCAAAGUUAAAGCUGAAAGAAAAGUGGGUGUUUGAAAAGAAAGGUGAAGUAAAAAAGGAAAUACUGAAGAUAGAAAAGUUACAGGAAAAAGAAAUAAAAGAUGAGUAUAACCGUGAAAUGGCAGAGGCCUUAAGUGAAAAAUGGGGAAGUGUAAAAGAUAAUACAAAUAUUGAAAAAGUUUUUGGAACAUUUAAAGAAAUAAUAGUAACUACAACAACAAAAGUGUUAGGGAUGAAAGUGGUGAGAGAUGGAAAAAGAAAAGGAAAUUCAUGGUGGAUAGAAGAGAUAAGGAGGAUAGUAAAAGAGAAAAGGGAACUUUUUAAGAACACUCAAGAAAGAAAUGUGGCUGAACAAGUAAAAAGGGAAAGGAAAAAGAAAUAUAGAGAAUGCAAAAUGAAAUUAAAACAAGCAAUAAAAGAAAGUAAGAAGAGAGUUGAUGAAGACUUUGGAAAAAGACUAAGUGAAAAAUAUAAAGGGAACAGGAAAUCAUAUUGGAAAGAAGUAAAAAACGAAAGAAAUGCAAAAAAUAUCUCCUCAAGUAAAAUAAAUGAAGUUAUGGAUGAGAAUGGAAAGAUGUUGAAAGAUGGGGAAGCUGUGAAGGAGAGAUGGAGAGAAUAUUUAAAAAACUUGAUGAAUUUUGAGGAUGGACGUCCAGCAGUUUUGGGUAGAGGUUGAGGAGGAGUAUAUAAAGAAAGAAGUAUAACAAAUAAAGAAGUAAAUCAGGCAAUAAAAAGAUUAAAAAAUGGAAAGGCAGUAGGAAUUGAUGGAAUCACAGGAGAAAUGUUGAAGUGUUGAGGAGAUGUCGUUGUUAAAUGGAUGGUCAAGAUAUGUGAAGUAGCAUGGGGGGUGCCAGCAGACUGGACAAAAGCCAUCAUUGUCCCAGUUUACAAGGGGAAAGGCAGGAGAGGGGAAUGUGGGAGCUAUAGAGGUAUAAGUCUCCUGAGUAUACCCGGAAAGGUAUAUGGAAAAGUCAUAAUAGAGAGGGUGCAAAGACUUACAGAAGAGAAAAUCAGUGAAGAACAAGGAGGCUUCAGGAAGGGAAGGGGAUGUGUGGAUCAGAUAUUUGCCUUCAGGAUGGUAGUAGAAAAAAUAUUAGCAAAAGGAAAGAAACUAUAUGCUGCCUUCAUGAAUUUGGAAAAAGCUUAUGACAGAGUCGAUUGGAUUGCAUUGUGGGAUGUUUUAAAGAUUUAUGGUAUGGGAGGAAAACUGCUUAGUGCAAUAAAGUCUUUCUAUGAGGAUGCAUCUGCAUGUGUCAAAAUUACUGGAGAAACAAGGGAACAUUUUGAGAUAAAAGUGGGCUUAAGACAAGGGUGCGUCAUGUCACCAUGGUUAUUCAAUAUUUAUAUGGAAUGUGUCAUUAGAGAAAUGAAGGGCAAAGUUGGAGAAGUUGGAGUAAGACUGUUCGAUGAGGGAGGGAAGUGGGUACUGAAUUCGAUACUGUUUGCUGAUGACACGGUGCUCAUUGCAGAAAAUGAAAGUGACCUACAAAAUUUGGUCAGUGUUUUUGAUUGUGUCUGUAAUAGGAGAAAGCUGAAAGUAAAUGUCAACAAAAGUAAAGUGAUGGUUUGUGAGCGAAGUAGAAGUGAGGUUGUAGAUUUUGUAUGCCCAUAGAGAGAUAGGGAGUGGGAAUUGAAUGUGAAAAAGAAUGCAAAAUAAUUUUGAAUGGCAAAGAAAUGAAGGAGGUCAAUGAGUUUAAGUACCUUGGAUCAGUUAUGUGUAAGCAUGGUGGUAUGGAGGGUGAGAUGAGAGAAAGGGCAUUGCAAGGAAGAAGGGUGGUAGGGUCUUUGGGACGAAUCAUGAAUGGUAGAAGUGUGAGCAUGGAGGUAAAGAGGGAUUUGAGAAAUACAAUAAUAGUACCAACCCUCACAUAUGCAAGUGAAAUGUGGGCCUGGAAUGAAAGUCAGAGGUCUAGAGUGCAGGCAGUGGAAAUGAGUUAUUUGAGGAGUACUUGUGAGUAGAAUGGAUGGAAUGAGUAAUGAAAGUGUGUACGAGCAUUUUUGAAUGUGUCACAGGGGUGAAGGGAAGAAGUGUGGAGUGGUGGAAGAAGUGAAGCGACAGACCUUAAUGUGGUUUGGCCACAUGGAGCGAAUGGAGGAGAGUAAGAUGACCAGAAGGGUGUAUGUGAGUGAGAUAGAGGGAGGGAAUGCUAGAGGACAACCUCCAGUGAAAUGGAGGGAUAGGGUGCAAGAGUACGUUAGGGAGAGGGGAGAAAGAUCUUUGAGAAACUUUGAGCAGGCAAGGAGGGAGUGUCUGGAUAGAGAAAGUUGGAAGCUCUUCUGCCAUGGCCAUCCCCUGGUGGGAGCUCCUAGGAGCAGGCAUCGAUGAAAUGAUGAUGAUGAUGAUGCAGUGUAGAGCAGUGAAGUGUAGUGUGGUGUUGUGCGUCCUCUUGCGCUGAAGGAAGAGUGACUUGAACCUUUUGAUCUGGUCCUGAACUUUUGAUCUUGCCGUGACCUUCAACAUUUUGUGUUUUGUUUACAAGUCGUGUGGAUAUGCCAUUCUUUGUGACCAGUGCUAGUGACACUUGUUAGGCUGCUUGAAUAAGAAAUGAACACUUGAGA